AUUAAGAUCCUUUUCUUUCUUUCUAGAUCCCGCUUUAAAAUAAGCAACGUUUUGCUUUGUUACUUCAUCAUGCUUUCUUAAAUAGUAUUUAUCUCUCUUCGCUCCAAAUCUUCAGUUCUUCCCUAAAUUGUUUUCUGGUGACUGGUAAUGGCGACGAACGAGGCUAAACCAGCUUCCGAAGAAGCUAAGAUGGAUCUUUUUGAAGACGAUGAUGAAUUUGAGGAGUUUGAAAUCGAUCUUGAGUGGGACAGCAAGGAAGGCAAGGAGGUGACUCAGCAGUGGGAAGACGAUUGGGAUGAUGAUGAUGUCAACGAUGACUUCUCUCUGCAACUAAGGAGGGAGCUUGAGAGUAAUGUUGCUGAAAAUAAAUGAAUCAGUUGCUGAUGGCUAUUGGUUAUUUUCAAUCCAAUUAUCAUCUUUCUCAAAAUUAAGUUGAGGUGCCUUUUAUCCCUGUGGUAGUUAAUGUCUCAAACUUUUUAUUACGGGCGAUGUGGAAUUUUAUUAAUGGAAAUGGAAGUGGAAGAAGAUAGUUGGUCAUGUUAAACUUUUAGUUGGUAUCUUAGGAACAUCUAUGGAUUCUAUGGACCAUUAUGAUUAGUUGAACCUGUUUCCUUUGUAUAUUUUUCGACAGUGUUUGGCUAAGCUUUCAGCUUUUGCUUUUCUAUAUUCUAUAUUGAUAUUAUGCGUUGACCAUAUA